AGGACCAUGGAGAGCUCUAAACUGUGGACGAGAGCGGUAGUUUGUACAGCGCUGCUGUCCAUCCUAUGUGGUGCUGAAACGAGCGACUCAGAAAUGGAAGUGGAUUUGGAAACGAGAAACAUUCACGACUUCUAUCCACAAAAUCCGAAUCUAACGAACGAAAAACGUCUUCUUGGCGCUCUACACGAAGUUCUCAAAAAACUGCAGACCAAAAGAAUUAAUCCAUGGGAAAAGAAAUUUGGACAAGUUCCCACUUGCGACGUGGGGGAGCAUUGCGCAGUGAGGAAAGGCGCUCGAAUCGGCAAAAUGUGCGACUGUCCACGGGGAGCUUUCUGCAACUUCUUUCUGUUGAAGUGCUUGUGA